AAACCCUGGAACCAGGGCACCUUCGCAAGAGGGACCGAUCCUCUUUCGAUAGGCAGCGCUUGUCUCUCCCAGCACACACACCCUUGCUUGCUAACUCGGCCGGCAACCCCCUUUCCUUCCGGAUUUCGAUGCAGUACCGGACCAGGGUGCCGCGCAGGGUCCCUCCGGAUAAACCCAACACAGCAGGAGGGGACAGGGGUCCGCUGACGAUGGUGGACUCCCAGUUGAGGUCAGCACAUGGGGCAUACUUCCGGCGGAUGAGAAGGGAGCCCUUUUCGUGAUGGCGAAUCCUGGGCGUGUCGCGAAGGCUCGCGGAGGCGUUGGCUUAAUAGUCGGCGCUGGGUUGUUUUUUCUCCUCGUCUCCCUCCCUCUCCUCGCUCGUCAGUUGACUCAGUUCUACCCGCCGAUCAACGACUCGAAGCGUCCAACCAUGUGGAAAGGUGUCGUCGCCCCCGCAGCAGGGCUGCUGCUCUCGUCCCUGGGAUUAGCUGGUUCGGCAUCGGCUACCCUCCUUUACGCCUCCUCGUACGCUGGCACGGUGACAACUCUCAGUCUAACCCUGCCCGACGGCGAGUCCAACGUCGCCGCCACCAACGCCGCGGGUGCUACCCUCAAGGCCGUCUCCAGCUCGACCGAGUGUGGGCCGAACCCGUCCUGGCUCGCGCUGGAUUACUCCAAAUCGUUCCUCUACUGCCUCGACGAGGGCUGGGCCGGCCCGUACGGGGGCGUGUACACAUUCUCUGCCCCCGAUGAAGGGUCCUUGUCUCUGCUGAACAAGCUCGAUCUGAUCCAAGGACCGGUCAGCAUCGCUCAAUACGGCGUGGAAGGGCACGGCCUUGCCAUCGCACAGUAUUCUGGCUCAGCUGUCAGCGCCGUCAACGCUGGCUCCGAAGGCGAACUAUCCUUGGUGUUCAACGAGACAUAUGCUCUCGCCGGGCCUGGGACCAACCCUUCUCGACAGGAGGCGCCGCACCCACAUCAGGCCAUCUUGGACCCCACCUCCUCCUAUGUUCUCGUCCCAGACUUGGGUGCCGACCUCGUUCGCAUCUACCGGGCCAAUGCCAAGACCCUUCAGCUGACGCCUAUCGCGCCUCUGGCUGUAACUCCCGGGUCGGGUCCGAGGCACGGCGUGUUCACGGUUGCCAGGAGGAAGACGUAUUUCUACCUGGUUUCCGAGCUGACCAACACCAUUACGGGCUACGAGGUCAUCUAUCAAAGAAACAAGACCCUCGGCUUCAACGAGCUAUUUACUAUCUCUACGCACGGUGACGACAGCGAACUACCUUCGGGUACGGGUGCUGCCGAAAUUGCCAUCUCGCCCGACGACAGGUUCUUGAUUGUGUCCUCUCGCUGGGAGAACUCGUUCAACAUCCCGAACUUCGACUCAUCCAAUAGCACUGAGAUACCCUCGGACCCUAUUAUUACUUUCUCGAUCAACCGCGGCACCGGGGCCCUGGCCAAGGUUCAGGAAUUCGCGGCUGGCGGCCGCGGCCCGCGACACUUUUCGCUCAACGCGGCUGGCGACUUAGCAGCGGUGGCGCUCCAGGCGGAUGGCCGCGUCGUUGUCAUCGCACGCGACGUCGAGACGGGCGAGUUCCAGGAUUAUGUGGCCCAUGCGAGCGUCGAGGGCGAGGUGAACGCGGUGAUCUUCCGCGAGGAGUUCUAAGUAGUAUAACCCAGGGUAGCAUAGCUAUGUACAAGGCGGCCCUGGCCCCUGGCCGCACGAGCGUAUGCGGCACAUGCAAGCAGGCAGAGAGUCUAGACUCAGCAACUCGUAAAUAUAUAUAGACAGAGUCAUCCGAUAGAGUAUUGAGUUCUAUGCUACAAU